AUGAUGACCAUGAACAGCAAGCAACACUUAGGCAUGUCCCCCAUCCUCCAGGAGGCCAAGUACCCAAGCCUGCACCCCAGCUCCGAGGCCGUGAGGAGAGUUUGCCUCCCAACCCCGCCGCUCCAGGGCAAUAUAUUCGGCGGCUUUGAUGAAAGCCUGUUAGCCCGCGCUGAAGCUCUGGCAGCUGUAGAUGUGAUCCCCCACAGUAAGAGUCAGCCACACUUCAAGCCGGACCUCAGUUAUCACACCAUGAGCAGCGUGCCGUGCAGUUCUACCUCCUCAGCGCUGACCAUCUCGCCUCCGCCCAGCCUGACCUCCCACCACGUCCACCCGGCUCACCAGAUCCUAGAGGCCGACUUGCUGGAUAUCUCGCCCAGCCUGACCGGGCUGGGAGGCGCUGACCCAUCGGCGGUCCUCUCCACGCCUGGGCACCCUCCUCACCUCAACGGGAUGGGACACCUACACCCGGCUAUGCCUAUGGCUCACCCACACUCGUUCUCCAGCCACGCUGGCAUGCCUUGCCUCAAUGAGGCAGACGCUGACCCUAGGGAGCUAGAAGCUUUUGCGGAGAGGUUCAAACAGAGGAGGAUUAAGCUGGGGGUGACCCAAGCCGAUGUAGGAGCCGCCCUGGCUAACCUGAAGAUCCCGGGAGUGGGCUCCCUGAGCCAGAGCACCAUCUGCAGGUUCGAGUCUCUCACCCUGUCCCACAACAACAUGAUCGCCCUGAAGCCGGUGCUGCACACCUGGCUCGAGGAGGCCGAGAGCAUUUACCGGGAGAAAGCCAGCAAGCCCGAAGUGUUCAGCGCUGGAGACAGGAAACGCAAACGGACCUCGAUCGCUGCGCCCGAGAAGCGCUCGCUGGAAGCUUACUUCGCCAUCCAGCCGCGGCCGUCUUCCGAAAAAAUCGCCGCGAUCGCCGAGAAACUGGACCUGAAGAAAAACGUGGUCAGAGUCUGGUUUUGCAAUCAGAGACAGAAACAGAAGCGGAUGAAAUAUUCCGCCAAUCACUGA